AGAUGAUAGAUAUUGAAACAUGAAGUCAAUCAUGAAGCUGACCAUCCAGUACGUUACUUUUCCAUAAUGUUUAACAGUCAUCACAGUUUUACCAUUUUAACGAAAGUCAAGACAAUUUUCAGAACAUUUAAAGAUGUCAAGAAUGUUGAUUACUAGUAUAUUAUUCUAUGCACUUGUUUUUUUUUAUUUUCCUUUUGUUUUGUAAUUAAUGGCGAUCGACUUCAGCAAACAUACGUUCUUCUUUAUCGUUAACUUAACUCAAGUUAAUACAAGUUUAUUAAGUUCAUAUUAAUGUUCUCAGUUCCCUAAUUCAAUGUAAGUUUGCUUUAGAAAUCACAAUCUUAUGCCUUUGAUGUAUUUAUCUUAUCUUUCUUGUACUUUAUUUUGUCUAUUUUAGAGAUAGUCCGAAUACACCUGAGUCAUAAAUGCGCAAGCGCAAUGCUCAAUUCCGUUAUAGAAACAGAAAAUAGCUCGUCCAUUUUCAAUUGUAAGGUAAUGAAGUUAAUGAUGCUUGAAGUUCAGUAAUAACAAAAUGGCAGAAGAAAAGACAUCACAAUUGAAGAUGUAUUUUCCCGAAAUUGAAACUGAUACCUUUUCCGAUGAUGGUUCAUAUGUGAGUGUGAGGGGUGAAGAUUCAGAUACAAGUUCCUUUGCAAGUGUGACAGGAGAUGAAGAGGAAGAAAGCGCAAACGAUACGGAAUCUGUUUCUUCAGAAAAUUCUGUCGAUCUCUCAACUGGUACAGGAAAUAGAAAAGUGUAUUAUCGCAACCAGUUUGACGAUUUGGAGCCUGUCCAAAUCUCAAAGGUUUCCAGAGACAGUAAUUCACCAGAUGAAUCAUGUGUUUUUGAAAAUCAAACAAACAGCGGAGAACUUCUAAACAGUGAAGAACAAUGCAAGACUCAGUUGAACAGACUACAUGUUGCCCCUCAGCUCGACACCAGUGGGAGUGAUCAGCAAAAUUGUAUAGACAAUGUAAAAAGCAAAGAGCGCCAGACAGAAAGGAAUCUACAGUCUGAUGAAGUUGCCCUUCUGCGUGGGAAACUCAGCUCCUGUGAAAGGGAUCGUGAGAAUCUACAGGACACUGUGGAACAGUUUCGAGCUGAAAUUGACCAACUGAAAGGGACUGUUUCCUUUUUGUGCGAGAAGGUACAUUCUUACGAGAUGGAUCAUCAGCAUCUUUAAGGCAUCGUAAGACAAAAUAUGAAAAUGGAAGAACAACAUCAAACCAAAAUGUACCAGCUGAGCGAAGAAGUUGACUCAUUGCGCGAGAAGCUAAACUCCAGAGAGAAUAAUCAGCAUAUUCUUAGGGGAACUUUGUUAGUUUAUCUUUAUCACACAUAAUAUAACAUUUACAUCUUUUACUCGUAGAUAUUUUUAGAUUUGUUGAAGCAUGGAAAUUCAGACUAAAUUCAUGUUUUUCACAUGUGCCAAUAAUUCUUCAUUGUUAUAAUUUAGAUCAAGGUUUUAGCAAUCAUUACGAUAACAUAAUUGUUGAGGGUUGGGUGGUCAACUAACUGCACUUCUCUGUGUUAAACUAUUGUAACUAAACAAAAAAAAUUAGUAAAACCGACAGGUGCUCUCCGAAGAACGACUAUUGCAUUUUAAAAGCACAAAAGCGGAAUUUAUCGCCUGGGUACAUACCUCGUCUUAGAAGUGAAGCUUCAAAGGAAGGUUCUUAGAAUUCCUUCUUAUAAUUUAAAAGUGUCAUUGACUACCAGCCAGGGGUUGCUGAGGAAAACACAGGUCAAAGAUGGUGCUUUAAAUUAAUAAUAUGGCAUUAUGAAAGGGACAUAACUCAGUGACAUGUUAUCCGACCAGACCAUAAAGAAAAUAUGCACAUCUCUUGAAACUGAAGUUUUCUAUGACUUUUACCUGAAUUCAAGCAAGUGGUUGCUGAGAAAUACUCCAAACAAAACUGGCGCUAUAGUCAACUAAUGUUGAUUAAUCAAAGGGCAAUUACACAGACGAAAUGGAUGUGAGCUAAUAAUGACUUGAAAGCAAUAUGCAUUACAUGUUACAAAAUAUGUUUUAAGAAGACAUUUGCAUUUUAAGUGUU